GUUCGCGCAACGUUUACACCAUCCGCCUUGACCGUUGUCACGAUCUACAGAAGCAUACUGAGAAUUGAAGACCUGUCGAACUCUCUCAUCUGACCUGGACAGAAGUCGUACAAUUUCAUAACCACCGAGAGCCUGCUUUGAAGGCUUACGAUGCAUUUCGCCUCCUCAUACGCCUUGAUCGCGACCGCAUACUGGACAAUCAGCGCAAGAGCAUUACCAUACGCAAAUCACGCGCCUACAUACUCCGUCGUUGACGUUGGCGGCCCAUCAAGUACAGACGACGCGUCUACGAUAUACGAGACUGUCCAAAUAUCGCAAUCGGCGUAUACAGUCACGCAACCGGCUCCAGCUGCGACUGUGACGACAAUACCAGAAGGACCGAUCGUACCACAUGUCGAGCCAAGCACUCAUGUCUACCCGAUGACAACGACGAUGGAGCUAUCUAUGACGAUUCCAGUCGCUGCGCCAACACCAACAAGCGCUUCAACCAGCUCAUCAACAUCCACAAGCGCCUCCAGCUGCACAAGUACGAGCACAACGCCAGUGACGGUACCAUUCGUAACACCGUCGCCAGUCGCAUACACAGCGCCAGCUUCGACAUGGAGCAGCAGCAGCUCUUCUGUGCUCGCACCAUCAGGUACAUCAAGCUAUACUAGCUUGUCAACGUACGCUCCAUCGUACGCCCCGCAAGCUUCAGGAGGAUUCGCGAAGCCAAGUGGAUGGGCUGCUCCAUGGAACUCCACGAAUGGGUAUGUGCCGCAAGGAUAUGCCUCUCCGUCUGGAGUAAUGCCUUUUCGAUAUGCGCCUCGAGCCACUCCCUCCCCGCCUACAAUCGCGUACGUUUCGUAGGGAAUGAUGCAAAUUCAGGGAUCUGGUUUUAAAGAUUGAACGAAUUUGAGAUGUGAUGAAUUGAGCUUUGAGAGCGAGAAAUGCAUAGCGAACAGGGAUCAGAACAUGUACGGAAUGUCUGCAUAUGGGCAGGCUGCAUAGGGUUGGCGCACAAGACCACUCUGCUGGUGCAGCAUCAAUGAGGGUCAUAAUGUAUCAAUAGAGAGAAUCGCAAUGCUACAUAGAGACAGUCAAAAGGAAACAGGAUCUAAUACAUGACG